AUGUCAUCCUACAGACAGAUGAUCAGCUCCCGCUGUCUUGCACCCUGCGAGGUGACCUGCCCACAGCCCAUGGCCAACGCCUGGAACCAGCCCUGUGUUACAUCCUGUGGUGAUUCAAGAGCCGUGAUCCACCCACCGCCCGUGGUCAUCACCUUCCCAGGCCCCAUUCUCAGCUCCUGCCCUCAGGAGAGCAUCGUGGGCAGCUCAGCACCAUCCAGCAUUGGGAGCUUUGUUGGAUCCAUGAGCUCUCUGGGUUCCAGUGGCUCCUAUGGCUCUCGGAGCCUGUACAAUUACGGGAGGUCAUAUUCUUCCUAUGGAUCCGGUGCUUAUGGUUUUGGGAGCUGCAGACCGUGUUAAAUAUGCAGUGAAUGAGAAGCAACCACCCAACAUGGAGGAAGAUGUGCCUCCACGAUCCUGUUACUAUCACUCCUUUCCCGGAGCAUGAACUGUGCAUCUCUGAAAAUCAUACUUACAUGCAUUUCUCAA